AUGGCCAACAGGUGCCCAGGAUCACCAGCAGCACCCCCAGCACCCGCAGCACCACCACCAUCGUCAGCGUCAUCGUCAUCGUCUGUUGCAUCGCCGGCAGAGACACCGACUGCACCUCGGUCGUGGUCGGGGGCAGGCACACCGGACGGGGCGGCGCGGGGUCGCAGCGGCCUCGCAAGGCCAAAUCAGUCGACGGCUUCGAGCCGAGCCGAACCGAGUGGCGGCGGUGUGGUUUGUGGCUUGAUAGGAAAGUUUGAGUGCACCCAGCCCUCCGACGGUGCUGACGUCAAAGUGACAGUGAACGGUGGCCGCCGCCUUAUCGCGAGCGGAACGAGCCCGGGUAUCGGAGGCGACGUGCCCCGCGGCUGUGCCGAUAAGACGCCCGCCGCCAUGGGUGGUAGUGCGCGCAGUAGUGUGGCGGGAAGUAGUGGUGGUGGUGCGGGUGUGGGCGCGGAUCGUGCGGGUGGUGUCGUGACGGUGAGCAACGAAGGGAAGGAGCUGGCAAACGUGGCCGGGUUUGCGGGGCAGCGGCAGCGCAAGACGGUCGUCUACAGUCGGCUGUGUUUGGAUGGCGCAAUGCUCGAGGCGCUCUGUCCGUCGGAAGAGGCGGAGGAGGCGGACCGGGGGCACCCGGGGCCACCGGAAGUGAUUCGAUUUCCGUGCGUCGAGCGACUGAUCGCACUGUACGCGAGUAUCAUCCGCGAGAAGGAGGCUGAAAUGCAAAGAUUUAUGAGCAGUAUUGUGAGGGACGGCGAUAAACGUCGAUUAGAUAAGGGCGUGUCGUCUUCGCCGUCACCAUCGCCAUUGUCGUCGUCGGCGAGAAGCGAGAAGCAAGUUGGAGACAUACGCACGGCAACGGCUCGGCAACCUGCGCCAGUGACACUCGGAACGCCGCCUUACACGGUGCGGCCGCUGGAAAGCCACAGAGAAGUUGACGGCCAGCUUGCCGCUCGCAGCGUGACGCUACCUCCUGGCGAAGAGCUGGGUGCGCGCAGUAAAGAGAGCCCCAGUCCGGCGUCGGAUGAAGGUUGGCGCAGUACGCAGCCAAGUCCGUACGGUUCCAGCGACGAAGAGGAGCGUCCCCGGCCCGGUGAGACCAGCGACACAGGUGGGGGCUGCGACGAGGAGGAGCAUCCCGAGAGUAUGAAGCACCGCGACAAGGUGACCCGGUCGGCCAGCUCCGACUCGGCGCUCGGGCUGGACGAGGAGCUCAGCCAGCAGGAGCAACAGCAGAUGAUGGCCACCGUCGGCAAGGUGCGCCGCCUGACGCUGGGCGUAUCGGAUAUUCCGCUACGCGCGGCUCUACUUCCGGUGCCCGAACCGAGCCUGCUGCCGACGACCACCGACAGUCUGGUGACGCAGACCGGUGGCACCACCGCGGAUCACUCGUCGUGCCCGACCGUCGUGCGCAGCAAGAUGAUCCUGGAGGCACAGCUCAUCGAGCUUCCGGUUCUGCCGGUGGACAGUGGCAGCACGGACCAGCAGCAGCAGCAGCAGCAGCAACUCGGCUGCCCGCCCAGUACCUCGGCAUCGCGCCGGGAGUCCGCCCAAAGCUACAUCAGUGAUACCGGGGAGGGCGUCCGCUACGUCCGCACACCGUCGGUCGUCGUGUCCGAUUACUCGGACGACACGAUCUGCGGCAUCACGCUCGAGGAGAUCGAGUACUUCCGGCGCCACCGGCUGCGCCGGCGGUCGGCCGACUGCGAGUCGGACCUGAGCGCUGCGUCGUCCUGCAGCAACCUCAACUACUGCGGCUCGUCCAUCAGUGCGCUCGAGGGCUGCGAGUACCAGAGCGGGCUGCGGACACCGGAGCGCAAGGUGUCCGACUGUUCCACCUGCUCCACCGUCAGCUGUGAUGAGGACGAGGGUUACUCCGUCGUCCGUGCCAAACUCGCCAACCUCUGCCCACCGACGACGACGACGACGACGACGUCCCAAGGUACCAAGGUGCCCUCGGUUGCAGCGCCGGAAGCCGCCCCGACCGACCGUGAGCCGGACGUUCGGAUCUGCAGCAAACAGUCCAAGGUUAGUCCUGCACCCGAGUCCUGCUCCGUGCAGAGGCCCGCCUAACCGCCACUCUAGUCCAUAAGUGUAGAUCUCUAGACCUCAACGAUAGUCGCCUUGUAGGCUGGUAGAUACGUCCUCCCUAUUUAAUCCCGUUCUAAUAAAACUGAAA